AUGGGCCUGGAGGAUUAUGAGUUGCCAGGCCAGGUCAGGAGCAUGGCAGGGUGUAUUGGGCAGCACCCAGCUCUUCCAGUUUCUGUCUCCCACACCCCAGUUCUCUCCUCGGCCGUACUUGCCGCCCACCGCCCCGGUCCUAAAUCACCGGCUGUCAGCCUGUUGGCAGAACAAUGGGGCAGGGUCUUCUGCUCCGUCUCAGGCUCCAGCCGACUGGACACGGUUUCCUCCAUCGUUAGUGUGAGCCCGUACCCUCUCUGGUCCUUCCUGGCCCCUGAGCCCCACGGGGCCCAAAGGAGCCUUGGGGCUGUGGAGGAGUUCCUGGGUGAGGUGCGCAGCAGGGAGCAGCCUCACAGCGCUGGGCUCGUGUCCCAACCCACAGCUGUAAAGUUUCUUAUGGCCCGCAAGUUUGACGUCUCCAGAUCCAUCGACCUCUUCCAAGCAUACAAGAACACAAGAAUCAAAGAGGGCAUCAUCAAUAUCAACCCUGACGAGGAGCCCCUACGCUCUGAGCUGCUGAGUGGCAAAUUUACAGUCCUGCCUGGCCGUGAUGCAAAUGGUGCCGCUCUAGCGCUCUUCACUGCUCGUCUCCAUCGGCCAGACGUCACCACCCACAGAGCGGUGCUGCAGGCCAUCAUCUAUCAGCUGGACAAAGCCAUAGAGAGUUUACAAACUCAAAAAGACGGCCUCAUAUUUAUUUACGACAUGACCAACUCCAGCUAUGGCAACUUUGACUAUGAGCUCUGUGUCAAAAUCCUCAAUUUGCUCAAGGGCGCAUUUCCAGCUCGUCUGAAGUGUGUCUUCAUUGUAUCAUCACCUCUUUGGUUCCGCGCACCUUUUGCAGUCCUCCGCUUAUUUGUGCGCGAGAAGCUGAGAGAAAGGGUGUGCACAGUGAAAGCUCAUGAGUUGGCCGGUCACAUCCCCGUCUCCUCCCUCCCUGAACACCUGGGUGGGACGUCCCAGUAUAGCCACGUGGCUUGGAUCCAGUCCUGCGUUAACGCACACACAAACGCAGAUCAGGGCGACACACAAGAACAGGACUCCCGCGACUGUGUGGGGAGCCUGCUGCGCUCCUACAGCUUAGAGUGCAGCAACACAAGCGCAGGCGCUACUCUGUCCCACACCCACAUAAACACACAGCUAGGUUCCGAGCUAGCCGUAGCUAACUCUAACUGCUACGACGAUACUAAUGCUAACCCACACAACCACUGCGGAGUGGUGGAGGGCAGGACUCAAGGCCAGGGGCAGAACCAGCAGAGCCCUCAGUCUGCUGCAAACAGGCGGCAGGGGAACCACCAACACUGGAACGGCUCCGCAGUGAGCGGGGACAACAUGGCGGUCAGCGGCUCGAGCCCCAACUUCAACAUUAAUGGUCGUGGCCGCCAAGCCCCUCCCCAAUCAGAUACGCCCCCCGACACACCGCUUUCCCAUAAAGAUGAUGGGGAUGAAGUGGAUGGACAGUUAGCAGACCCUGCCCAAAGCUCUCAGAACGACGAUGUUAAGGAGGAGGAUGACGAGGAAGAGGAGGAGGAGGAGGAGGAGGAAGAUGAUGAUGAUGGGGAGGAGGAGGAGGAUGGGGAGGAAGAGGAAGGCGUGCCCCCUUUGCCCCAGAAAUCAUUGCCUCGACCCCCCCACCAGCCCUCCUCCCAGUCCCCGCCCCUGUCUUCAUCGUGGGGUCCUGAUGAGGAGGACAGCUGCAUGGAGAUGUCUGUCCACAUGCCGGAGCAGGGAGGCAUGAAUGUGCCCGAUCUGGUGGAACACGUGAAGAGGAAGAAGAAGAAGGGGAUUUAUCAGGAGUACGAGGAGAUACGAAAGGAGCCCCCAGCAGGCACCUUUGACUACUCCAAAAAACUGGCAAAUCAGAUAAAGAACAGGUACAGCGAUGUUCUCUGCCUGGACCAGUCACGGGUCCGACUCUGCGAGCUCUGUGAUGAUGAAGAUGAGACACCAGACUACAUAAAUGCCAGUUUCAUGGAUGGGUACAAGAGGACCAACGCCUACAUCGCAACUCAGGGUCCUUUGCCAAAAACUUUUGGUGACUUCUGGCGCAUGGUCUGGGAACAGAUGGUACUUAUCAUUGUCAUGACCACCAGGGUGGUGGAGCGCGGGCGUGUUAAGUGUGGUCAGUACUGGCCUCUGGAGGAUGGAAAGACUGAGCAGCACGGAUACUUCCUGGUCAGGAGCACACACGUCCAGGUGUUUCAGGACUUCAAACUCUCUCAUCUUGAACUUUACAACACACAGGCAGGGGAUCUCAGUCUGUUCGGCUCCUGA